AUGAAUGAAUUUACUAACCCAGAAAACGAAGAUUCAAAAUUUACUCAUGAGCAAUUAAUGCAAAUUACAAAUACUGCAUUAAAUGAAUUAUUGACACAAGACUCAUUUUUAAACGAUCUUCCCAACGGGGUAACUUUGGAAGAAGUAAAUAACCAAAUAGCACUUCAACAUGGAAAAUCAAUCACUAUAAAUAUUUUAAGAGAAGACAAAGAAAAAAUGCCAAUUAUAGUUUCGCAAGCUGAAGGAACAGUAGCAGACUUAAAAAAAUCCAUAAGAAAAUACAUUACUUUAAAAUUAAAAAGAUCAAAAAAGACAAAAAUGAGACAUAAAUUAAUUUCAUGGAAAUACAUUUGGAAAACUUAUUUUCUUAAGCAUUCAGACAAGAUUUUAAAAGACAACAAUGUUAAGUUAAAAGAUAUUGGUAUAAAAAAUAAAAAAAUCAGUGCAUCAUAUUUAUAA